GCAGGUUUAACAGUAAUUUAGUAAAUCUUACAGUGCUUUUGUAAGUACAUUAUCUGUUGUCAAUCAUCAUUGACAGAUCUAUUACUAUGUCAGCAAACUACUUCUUGUCCUUUGGUCCAUACCACUGGAAAGGCAACUUCUGAAAGGGAACUGAUCAGAGCAGACACUAGGCGAGGAAGCAUUACCCAAUAAUGAGUCAGGUUGAUUAUUGCUCUGUGAAGUUUAUCUCUGAAAAAAAAACAAUACAAUUUACCUGAUCUAGUUUUUAAAUUAAAAAAAAAUGACUCAGUUUGAAAAUCCACUUUUAGGAACCUUUAUAUCUUGGGAUUAUGUUGUUUUUGCAUUGCUCUUCGUUAUUUCUUCAGGGAUCGGUGUCUUCUUUGCAAUCAAGGAACGAAAAAAUGCAACCUCCCGAGCUUUUUUGGUGGGUGGGAGACAGAUGGUUUGUGUUCCAGUGGCUCUCUCGCUCACUGUCAGCUUCAUGUCUGCGAUCACUGUGUUGGGCGUUCCCGCAGAGGUUUAUCGCUACGGUGCUUCUAUCAUCCUCUUCUGCUUUGCCUUCAGUUUUGUUGUUGUCCUCGCAGCUGAACUCUUCCUGCCAGUCUUUUAUAGAUCUGGAAUUACAAGCACAUAUGAGUACUUGGAGCUGAGAUUUAAUAGAAUGGUUCGCGUUGCUGCUACAAUUAUAUACAUUCUGCAAACUAUUCUCUAUACAGGGGUUGUGGUCUAUGCACCAGCUUUGGCACUGAAUCAAGCGACUGGUUUUAAUCUGUGGGGAUCAGUAUUUGCAACAGGAAUUAUUUGUACCUUCUAUUGCACCCUGGGUGGUUUGAAGGCUGUGGUGUGGACAGAUGUUUUCCAGAUGAUUGUGAUGGUGUUGGGAUUUUUAACAGUUCUCAUUCAGGGAACUAUUCAAUUGGGAGGAAGUAGCAACAUGUGGAAGAUUGCAAGGAAUGGCCAAAGGCUCAAUGUAUUUGACUUUUCAGUCGAUCCUCUGAGGAGACAUACCUUUUGGACACUGAUAGUAGGAGGCACAUUCACUUGGCUGGGAGUCUAUGGAGUGAAUCAGUCAAUAGUCCAAAGAUGCAUCUCAUGCAAGUCAGAAAGACAUGGUAAAAUGGCACUGUACCUGAACUUGCUUGGACUCUGGGUGAUCAAUGUCUGUGCAGUGUUCUCAGGGCUGGUUAUGUACGCCUUUUACGUAAACUGUGAUCCGUGGACUGCAGGAUUUAUUUCAGCAUCAGACCAAUUAAUGCCAUAUUUUGUUCUGGAAAUACUGGGGCACCUUCCAGGACUGCCUGGACUCUUUGUGGCCUGUGCAUUUAGUGGCACACUCAGUACGGUUGCUGCCAGUAUUAAUGCACUUGCAACAGUAACAUACGAAGACUUCAUUAAACAAUGUUUCCCCAAUGUGUCAGACAAGAUGAGCACUUGGAUCAGUAAAGGCUUGUGCAUUGUAUUUGGUGUUGUCUGUACAUCAAUGGCAGCUGCAGCAUCUUUGAUGGGAGGCAUUAGUCAGGCUGCGCUCAGUAUUCAUGGCAUGUGCGGUGGCCCCAUGCUUGGAUUGUUUUCACUGGGGAUUUUAUUUCCUUGUGCAAACUGGAUCGGUGCCUUCGGAGGAUUAGCUGUUGGAAUAUUUUUAUCCUUCUGGCCUGCAAUCGGUGGAUUUGUUUAUCCUGCAUCUGCAUCAAGAACGCUGUCCUUACAUUUAAGUACCAAUGGUUGCUUGCCAAUGGACAUCUUGGAAUCAUUAUCCACACAAUCGCCGACCCUAACUCCUCAAGAGGGAGACAGAUCUACUCUGGCGGACGGCUGGUAUUCUCUCUCAUAUCUGUACUACAGUCCUCUAGGAUGCUUGGGCACAUUGAUUGCAGGGCUUCUCAUAAGCUUCAUGUCAGGAUCCAACGACACUACUACUGUGAGACCAACACUCGUCAGACCGGUCUCCAAUCUGUUUUGCUUUUGGUCACAUAAAUUUGGAAAGAGGUGUGGGUCUGGAAUUCAGUACAGACCGAAAAGCAAUGCAGAGGCCAACAAAGAAAAUACGGUAUCCGAUAACAAACAGAUAAUGGACACAUCAACAGGAAAGGAGCUUAAUGAUGUGUACAAUCAGGAAUCAAAGAAACUUCCAUCUAUCUAUAUCACUGAACAACGUACUCAUUUUAAUUUUGGAUUUAUCAAAGAAACAUAUUUUUAAUUCCAGACUAGAUUACAAUAAAGCUCAAGCUAUAAAUAGAAAAUCAUUCUGUUAUUACUCUAAACACUGAAAAUAUCAUUCUGGCUAAACUAUCACUGAAAACCAUUAGCUUCACCAUGGUUAAUAAGCCAAGUGCAAAAACUACUAUCUAGCCAUUAACUUUGUGAAGCUUACCAAUUCAACCUUGACCUCAGUAGGAAUGGAAUAGGGUUCGAUAAGCUCCAACCAUAUUUCAAUGGAAUAUUGAACUUUUAAAAAGAGCAUUUUUCAAAUAACAAAAAUAUUGAAAACAUAAUUUCCCUUUCUUCACCAUAACAAAUCAACAAGCCUUUACUCUAUAGAAUUUAACAAUAAAGCAAGCUGGAAAGUGCAUGACAAUUUACAGUAUGUUCCUGAAAUUCUGGUUGCCAUUCUAAAUACUCAAUUUUUCUAUUCAAUUCACCUCUUCUGAGAUAAUUUCCCCUCUGAUUUGGCUGAUCUUUCUCACCAAUGUAGAAUACAACACCAGAAAAAGUGUGAUCCCCCAGUGGCCACCUUCUUCAAUUCUAUUCCCCAUUCCCAUUCUGACGUGCAAGUCCAUGGCCUCACAUACUGCUGAGAUAAGGCCACAUUCAGGUUGGAGAAGCAACACCUUUUAUUCCAUCUGGGUAGCCACCAACUUGAUGGCAUGAACAUCGAUUUCUUGAACUUCCAGUAAUUGCCCCCCCCCACACACACCCCUUCUUCACCAUUCCCAUUCCUGUUUCCUCUCUCGCCUCAUCUCUUAACAUGCCUAUUACCUUUCACUGGGUGCUCCUCCACCUUCCUUUCCUUCCAUAGUCUUCCACCCUCUCUGAUCAGAUACCCCAGACAAAUAAUGAGAGCAGACAAAUAAUGGAACCAGGAGUCAGUCACUCAGUUUCUCAAACUUGCUCCACCAACCAAUACAACAUUGUCAAGAGAAAAUUUGGUCUCUUCAUCUAUGCCACCUCGCAGCACCAUCAAAUAUCCCCCUCCCCCACUUAAUAUUCUCUAUAAUCUAUUUUUCUCAUCAAUUACACCACUAACCUACAUAGGGAAUAAAUCUACAGAUGGCAAUUAAUCUACCCAAUCUGUAUGUCUUUGGGAUGCGUAGGACGAAUACUUGGAGGAAACCCACAUAGUCACUGGGAGAACGUAAAAACUACAUACAGCAAGCACUUGAGGUCAUGAGUGAAUUGGAGUCACUGGAACUAUAAGGCAACACCUUGACUAGAGAUGCCACUUACAUCGUGCCUCAACAUCUCAAAGCACUUAAGCAAGUUCUGAUCAAUAUCUAUACACAGAAAAAAAAACUUGCAAUGUUGACAAAGGUUGUGAGGUUAGAAAUGUUCAGAGGUCACAGAACCAUGCUGUCCAAACUCAUACAAGCCAAGAAAAAAUGUUGUAAACAUAUCAUUAACAGCAAAAAUUGUUGUAAUGCCAGUGUAAAGUCAUUAUUCUUUUAUUAAUGAGGAUAAAGACAAUAUAAACAUGUGACAUUAUUCAUAGUAGGAUUGCAUAUUUGGUGAUGAGGCAGAAUGGGCUGGGGAGGGGGUUAUGGGGAAGAAGUGCUGAAAUCAGCAUUUAAUCAUUUUAUUCCAUAUACCGUGCCUAGCCACACUGUAGAUUUAGAAAGAAAAUAUUAAUAUGUGUAAUACUUGUAUUUUCAUUACAAAGAGGAAUAAAGUCAGAAGGUAUUGAUUAGAUAUGUUAUUGGUUUCAACCACCCAGCUCAGAUGACAGCCAUAGAAACUUAUUACCAGCUUCUGUUUACAUAUACCUAGAUAGAACAAUCAACUUGAGAUCAUAGGAACCCGUUGGGCAAUAAUAUUAAAUUACUUCAAGAGGAAAUAAAGCAAAAUAAUACUUACACAACUGACAACAAUAUUAUGUAAAUUGAUUUUAGUAUCACCUGCUUAGAGAUGAGUGAAUUAUUCCUGCUUUGGUCCCAAGAAAUCCAAUCUAUUUAUAUUAACAUCAAAACACUGCAUUCCCUGUAAGAGUAAAUAAUAUUUCAGUUAUGCUGCUAUGCAGAAAGUCACAAAACAUUAACUUAUUUUUAAAUUUGAAUUAUAUGUGUUUCCAUCGAAGUCAUCUCCGUGGAUUUGAACAAUAAAUCCAGGAAGUACUGGGGAGGUACACUGAUUCUAGGAUUCUCAUUUCUAAGAUGAGGUUUUCUUGAUUACCCUCUCAGUGGGAUACAAAAUGUCUCAUUGUAUGAUGUAAGAAGGGAUCAAUGUGUUGGCCAACAUUUAUUCCUCAUCAAACAUCACCAAAGACAGACCAUCACUGUUCAGAAUCUUAACUGGACCACCCAGUUUCAUAGUGUGGCUACAAGAACCUAUCAGAGGUUGUAUUUUGCAAAGCUUAUCUGCCUAUAACAAACAGCUAAGAUAGUGUGGAAAAUGCUCCAACUAUUAGGAAGAGCACUACACCCACAGGACAAUAAGACCCAUAAGAUAUAGGAGCAGAAGUAGGCCACUGGGCCCAUCGAGUCUCUCUACCAUUUCAUCAUGGUUGAUCCAGUUUUCCUCUCAGCCCCAAUUUCAGUCUUCUCUUCAUAUCCCUUCAUGCCCUACCAAUAAAGAAUCCAUAAAUCUCUGCCUUAAAUAUACAUAAAAACUUGGCCUCCACAGGUUCACCACUCUCUGGCUAAAGAAAUUUCUCCUUAUCUCUGUUCUGAAAGGAUGCCCCUGUAUUCUGUGGCGGUGUGUUCUGGUCUUAGACUCUCCCACCGUAGGAAGCAUCCUCUCCACAUCCUCUCUAUCAAAGCCAUUCAAUAUGUUUCAAUGAGGUCAGCCCUCAUUCUUCCGAAUUCUAGAAUUCCAGAGCCAACAAACACUCUUCAUAUAACGAGCCAUUCAAUUCUCGAUUCAUUUUCAUAAAACUCCCUUGAACCCUCUCCAGUUUCAGCAUAUUCUUUCUAAGGGGUCCAAACCUGUAAGUGAGGCCUCACCAGUGCUUUAUAAAGUUCCAACAUUACAUUCUUGCUUUUAUAUUCUAGUCCUAUUGAAAUGAAUGCUAACAUCACAUUCUCCAGUGUCGUUUUCCAAUGGUCCAAUAUCUACUCUUGCCUCUCUUUUACACUUUAUGUAUCUGAAGAAACCUCUGGUAUUUUCUUUAGUAUUAUUGGCUAGCGUAAAUUCAUAUUCCAUCCUUACCACAUUAAUUACAUUUUUAGUUGCCUUCUGUUGGUUUUUAAAAGCUUCCCAAUCCUCUAGCUUCCUGCUAGUUUUUGAUAUAUUAAAUGCCCUCUCUUUGGCUUUUAUGUUGGCUUUGAUUUCUCUUGUUGGUUGUGCCAUCUUUCCUUUAGAAUACUUCUUCCUCUUUAGGAUGUGUACAUCCUGUGCAGUCUGAAUUGCUUCCAGAAAUUCCAGCUAUUGCUGAUCUGCCAUCAUCCCUGUCAGAUUCUGUGAUGCCUACAACAUCAUACCUCCCAAUCUGCACGGUGCUGCUAGUUCAAUUACUUUAUUCCAUAUAUUGCGUGCAUUCCGAUACAACACCUUCAGUCCUGUAUUCACCCUUUUUGAUUUUGUGCAUCUUUUAUGGUGCAACUCAUCCUGUUGACUGCAAUUUUGCCCAAUUCAACACCAUCCAAAAUCCAAUUGAUUGGUGCCUUAUUUCUCUACUUCAGCAUGCACUGCCUCCAUUGCUAUGGUAUAGUGUUCAAGUUUGCACUAUCUAAAAAAAAGGACUACAGCCAUUCACUAAGGUUUCUUGAAAAUCAUGACCCAAUAGAGGAAUCUCUACCACUUAGUUUACAAAAUAUCUAUGUCCCUCAAUUUAUAUACAAUUCUUCCUGGAAAUCUAUCACCUCUUGAUUAAAGCACUCCAAUAUUCUCACCCAACAGCUCACCACCAGCUUCUCAUGGACUGACAAUAAUAGAUCGAGUAACAACACUCCUGUAUGCAAAUAAAUAUAUUCAUAAAAUUGUGGAGCAAUUUUGCCCUUUGUCCUAUCUAGUCCAUGACAACCUAUCUUUCUGCCAGUCCCCAUCUACCCACAUUUAGAUCCUACCUUCUCAUCAUUAAUGCAUUGAUCUACUUUGUAACUGAGACCCUGUAAUGUUACUUUCUGCAACAUCCUUGAGUUCUUGUUUUACGAAUCCUACAUAUUUUUUAUUCAUCAAUGUCUGACUUCACAUCAAGUAUGCAACUGUUUUCAGUCUUCAUAUCUUUGAUUAUUGACAAAAUAACAAACUGUUUUCAGGCAGGAAAAUACAUAUCUGUUGAAGCUUUUUUAAAAAAACUUUCAAAUAUUUAUCCACAAAUAGAAGGAGGGUAAACAGGGAUAAAAUUAAAUAACUUAAAAUUAAUUUUUAAUGGAUCAAGACAGAAUGGGAAAGGAUUCCAUUGCCCCUCCAGCCUCAUCUCCUCCAAAGGCACUCUGUCACUUUCUUGCUGACUUAAUAAUACAAUCAAAAUCUUACAGAUAUUAAUAUCCAUAAUUUUGAUGAAGAAAGUAGUGUGUUUCCUACCUGUUCUGUGCUUGUAGCCUUCUCCAAGUUCCUUGCCCAAUAGGAAGACGUAUCUAUCAAUCAUGAUAAGUCCUGGUUCAGCAAUCUGCUUAAAGGAAAGCAGUAUCAAGAGUUGAAACAUAUUUGUAAGUAGUCGAUUUAUUUGGGAACAUCAAGGGAGGAGUGAAUUGGCAGACAGAUUAAAAAAUGGAACAUUCUUCACAUUCUAAAUUUUACUGCGUCUUGGUAAUACUUCUAUCAUACUUGUAAAAUAAUCACCACAGAAACUCCAGUGGGGUCAUUCUUACUCUUGGCUAUUAGGCUCUAUAAUGAGUCAACCUGUAGCAGGGUGAGUGAUGACCGCCUCCUGUUAGACUGUUUGAGGUAACUUAUUUUUUAGUUUUUCUUACUUCUCUUUUAAAUUUGUAUAUCUGUGCACUUGUAAUGAUAUUGUAACACUGUAAUUUCCUUUGGAAUCAAUAAAUUAUCUAUCUGUCUUGCA